AUGGCUAGCUGCAGCAGCCGCGAUUCUGACUCUUCGUCUGCAUCCGCGUCCGACCCCAAUGAGGACAUCGACUUUUUCUUUUCCGGGAGCAGCGAGGAAGACGACGUGCGCGGCUCCAUCGAAAACCCAGACAAUCAUUUUAUUUUUGAUCCCCUGGCCAGCGACGACGAAGAGGCCCAUGCGGUGCCGGAGGCCGUCGAUGAGGUUGAUGUUCAGCAGCAUGUUCCACGGAUGGCUAACACUGACUGGUGCACGUGCGGUCGUUGUCGGCCGAUGGACAGUGAACAAGAAUCGGUGUGCUGCCGCGAGGUGGACAAAGUGGCUGCCCAUGUGCCAGAGGGGGCCAAAUGCAUAACGAGCCACCUGGGUUUCGAACCCAUAUGCCUGAACAUCCAUGCGCUGCAGGUGGCAUACUACACGCUGAUGGAAGACAGGCCUUCGCUUGUCGAUGCACCCGAUAUACACACGUAUGUACUGUAUGUAUACGGCUAA